AUGGUGAAAGGUAGUGAAAAAACUAGUUCUUCUUUUCAAAGAAAGCAGGAGAAGAAAUAUAUUCUUACCAUUCAAGAAUUAGCUAACAAAAAAUGUAUACGAUUUACGGUAGAACCUACUGGAUACGCUAUUAAGACUAUUAAGAAUAUAUUUCUGAUUAUAUUAAUAGUUUAUUUAUCAUUAUAUUAUUCAUUUCGGUAUAUAGAUUUGGAUGGUUAUCUAAAAUGGCUGUACUGUGCAUUCGUGAUAUCAAUUAUUAAUUUUAAAAUACGAGCUCCAACUGUAAGUACCUUUACAGUUUUGAAAGAUCAUGGUGUACAAAUUAGUAACAUUUCAGGAUGGAAUUGUCUACCAUUUUUCAUAAACAAGCUGUGGUUUGUUGAAUACGAAUUUAUACCAAGAAAUGAAGUAGUUGAUAUUAUAAUUAAUGAAGGCUUCCAACCAGGAUUCCAAGUUGUCUUUUAUUUGGCAUUAAUUGUAAAGAAGCAAGAGAAAUUGAAAUUAAUAUUUCCAGUAUGUAUUAGAAAUCUAUUAUUUUUUUAA